AUGUUCGAAGUUCGUGCUACAGCUGGUGAUACACACCUUGGUGGUGAAGACUUCGAUUCACGCCUUGUCGAUUACUUCGCUGAUCGUUUCCAGAAGAAGUUCAAGUGCGAUCUCCGCGAAUCACCACGUGCUUUGAGAACACUCAGAACAGCUUGCGAGCGUGCUAAGCGUACAAUCUCUACAGCUGCUAACGCUUCCAUCCUUUGCGAGUCUCUUUACCAGGGCCACGAUUUCCAGGAUACAAUUUCUCGUGCUAUGUUCGAGAACUUGAACGAUGAGCUCUUCAGAUCCACACUUGGCCCAGUUGCCCAGGUUCUCAAGGAUGCCAAGAUGUCCAAGUCCGAUGUCACAGAUAUCGUUCUUGUCGGUGGUUCAUCACGUAUUCCACGUGUUCAGCAGCUCCUCCAGGAGUUCUUCAACGGCAAGCAGCCAUGCCGUGGUGUCGACCCAGAUGAGGCCGUCGCUUACGGUGCUGCAGUCCAGGCCGCCAUCAUCAAGGGCGAUAACUCCGAGGCAGUCAAGGAUAUCUUACUUCUCGAUGUCGCUCCACUUUCCCUUGGUAUUGAGACAGCUGGCGAAAUCAUGACAGUUUUGAUUCCACGUAACACAACAAUUCCAGCCAAGAAGUCAAACAUCUUCACAACAUUCGCUGAUAACCAGCCAGCAGUUACAAUUAAGGUCUACGAAGGUGAGCGUACAAGAACACGCGAUAACAACCUUCUCGGUACAUUCGAUCUCACAGGCAUUCCACCAGCACCACGUGGUGUUCCACAGAUCGAAGUCACAUUUGAUGUCAACGCUGAUGGUAUCAUGAACGUUUCCGCUCAGGAUAAGUCCACAGGUAACGUCAAGAAGAUCACAAUCAAGAACGACAAGGGCCGUCUUUCCCAGGCAGAUAUCGACCGCAUGGUUUCUGAUGCUGAGAAGUACAAGGCUCAGGAUGAAGAGAUCAAGAAGAAGACAGAGGCAAAGAACGGUCUCGAAGGUUACUGCUUCGGUGUUCGUAACUCUGUCAACGGCGAACUCGGCUCCAAGAUCGAUGCUGCCGACAAGGAUGCCAUUCUCAAGAUUGUCAAUGACACACUCGCUUGGAUCGAAUCCAACCAGGACGCUUCUGUCUCUGACUACGAGAACAAGCAGAAGGAAGUCGAAGGCCAGUUGAUGCCACUCAUGCAGAAGGCCUACCAGUCUGCUGCUGGUGGUGCCGGCGGAAUGCCAGGUGGUGUUGACCCAUCUAUGUUCCAGAACAUGGGUGGCGCUGGUGGUGCUGCUCCAGGCGCUGGCCCAUCUGCUGGUGCUCGCCCAUCAGGCUCUGGCCCACGUGUUGAGGAAGUUGACUAA